AACUUCCGUGAUUCAAUUUCUUACUUUAGUGGGAACCAUGAACGCGACACUCCCGGGACAGGGUUUUUUUAUGACACUAAUGAUGCAGGUGGUGAAUGCGGUGUGCUAGCUGAGACAAUGUUUUAUGUCCCUGCUGAGAACAGAGCCAAGUUUUGGUAUUCGACAGAUUAUGGGAUGUUCCACUUCUGCAUAGCCGACACCGAGCAUGACUGGAGAGAGGGUUCCGAGCAGUACAGAUUCAUCGAAAGCUGCCUCGCAUCAGUGGAGAGACAAAAACAGCCUUGGUUGAUCUUUGCUGCUCACCAUGUCCUCGGGUAUUCCUCGGAUUUCUAUUAUGCCUUGCAAGGCUCGUUUGAGGAGCUCAUGGGAAGAGAGAGUUUGCAAAAGCUUUGGCAGAAGUACAAGGUGGACAUUGCAUUUUUCGGUCAUGUCCACAACUAUGAAAGAACAUGCCCAAUUUACCAGAAUCAAUGUGUGAAUACAGAAAGAUCUCAUUACUCUGGCACCGUCAACGGGACAAUCCACGUCGUUGUCAGCGGAGAAGGAAGUCACUUAUCAGAGUUCAGCCCAGUGCAGACAUUGUGGAGUCUAUAUAGAGAUUAUGAUUAUGGUUUUGUCAAACUGACAGCAUUCAAUCACUCAUCUCUUCUCUUUGAGUACAAGAAGAGCAGUGAUGGGAAGGUUUAUGAUUCCUUCACUGUCUCAACGGACUACAGAGAUGUCUUGGCUUGUGUACCUGAUGGUUGUUCACCUACCACUUUGGCUUCAUGAUCUAAAUCUUAUAAUUCUUUUGAAGAUUGUCCUCUAUAAAGUGUGAUCGUCUAUUAUCUAUGGUCAAUACAAUGUAUGUGGACUAUGCUGCUUUAUAGAUUAUAGUUGUGUUAUUA